CAAUUAAGGCAUGAGAACUUGGUGAACCUGCUGGAAGUCUGUAAGAAGAAAAAACGAUGGUAUCUGGUGUUUGAAUUUGUAGAUCACACAGUCCUCGAUGAUCUUGAGAUGUUUCCUAAUGGCUUGGAUUAUAACAAAGUUCGAAAAUACUUAUUUCAGAUUAUAAAGGGGAUAGGAUUUUGUCAUAGUCAUAAUAUAAUACACAGAGAUAUUAAACCUGAGAAUAUAUUGGUCUCCUGUUUGGGAAUUAUCAAACUCUGUGAUUUUGGAUUUGCUCGAACGCUGGCAGCUCCUGGCGAAGUUUACACAGAUUAUGUGGCAACUCGGUGGUAUCGAGCUCCUGAGCUGUUAGUUGGUGAUAUCAAAUAUGGCAAGGCUGUUGACGUGUGGGCCAUUGGCUGCCUGGUAACUGAAAUGCUUACAGGAGAGCCCCUUUUCCCUGGAGACUCUGAUAUUGACCAAUUAUACCAUAUUAUGAAAAGUCUAGGUAACUUAAUUCCAAAGCACCAGGAGUUAUUCUACAAGAAUCCUCUCUUUGCUGGAGUGAGAUUGCCUGAAAUCAAAGAGCUGGAACCUCUUGAAAAACGAUACUCGAAGCUUUCCGUUGCAGUCAUAGAAUUUGCAAAGCAAUGUCUACAAACUGAUCCAGAGAAGAGGCCAUCUUGUAAUGAGCUGCUGCAGUGCAACCUCUUUAACAAAGAUGGGUUUGCUGAAAGGUUUGUUCAAGAACUUAAAGUCAAGAUUCAGAAAGAAAAAGAACACUCUUUACCCAAGAAAUCAAGAACAAACAAGAAAGACAAAGAUGAUACAGGUGAUGAAAGAAAAAAGCUUUUAAUCCAGGAUUUAAAUGUAGAUUCAAAGUUCAGAGACUCCAAGCUGUUCAAAAUGAAAGUAUCUAAGGCUGACAUACUGAAAUCUGAGAGAUCAUCACAUAUGAGUUUCCUGUAUGAUAAUAGUGCUGGACAAAUUAAUGCAAUUCCAACAUAUCUGAAAGAUUCAAAUAAUAGUCUAGAAUAUGUGAAGAAUCCAAGCAUGGUAAUUCCUCCCAUUGCACAGAACUAUUCCACCACACCAUCCAGCAUCAGUGGGACCCCCACAAUAGGGACAAGAUUGGCAACUCAUAAUUACAGAAUUGAUGAGAAAACCAAAAUAUAUUUCAAUCCUUGCAUCAAGCAAGGCAAAAAAUCACCAGCAGGUCACUAUAAUGUGAACUUAACAGCAUCGAUGUCAAAAGAGAACAAUGCCAUACAGUCCCUCAAGAAAAAGUGGGAGUUUUCUAAAGCAGAUGUCCAUUUGCCAGAGCUUAAUUACAGCCAUCUCCCUGAACUCAAAGGUGUGGAUGCUUGGAGUUCCAGAUUUCUGAAGAAAGACAACAAAGUUGUUCCAGAGUCUCGCAUGCCAUCUCUUGCCACAGUAGAUCUUCAGAAUCCAGGCCUGGCUCUGCAUCAGAUAUCUGGAAGCUCCUUGCAAGAUACUUCAGAAGCCACUUUCCCCAAAGUAGGGCAUUAGUAAUAAGUGGAACCGGCAACUCUUACAUGAUUCCCACUGAUAUGCUCCUGCAGCACUUUUACACCCUUAUCAUGGAGGUACUUUGAAGUUGGGGGAUGGGGCGGCAGUUGCAAGUAUUUUGCUACAGCUAGGAUAAGAGUCACUCUCUUGUGAGAUGGGCAGCUAUACAAAUAUGAUAAAUAAAUAAAGGCAGUAAAAGGAAAAAAAUCAAAUUAUUUUAUAGUAACCAUGGUACUAAGACUGCUACUUCUUUUAUAACAUGUUGUGUAUGAACAAAAUAAUCUAUAAUUAAUCAUUUCAUUGAUCUUGAAGAUUGAUGGAAUUCAGCAGGAAAGUGUUGAGAGAAGGGAUCUCUAACAGUCGAAGAUACCAAUCUAAACAGAUUCAACAAUUUAAAUGAAAUUCUCCAAAUGUUGAACAAUUUUUCAAUGAUGAUUCACAUUUUCUACAGAAAAGCUGUCUGUCAUAUGUAAAUAUGAGCUGGGUUCACAUCAUACAGUAAGUCAGGCUUUUGAAAACAUGUUUUGUUUUGUUUUUUAAACUAGCUAUUCAUACAUCAUGGUAAACAGCAAACAAAUCAGACACAGGUACCGAUGGGGGCCAAAGUGGGGCAAGUGAUGAAACAUGUAUCACAACAUUGCAACACAAACUCCAUCCCUUAUAUACUUAUAUUCAUUUCAUUCAACAUUGCAAUACAAAUAUGAAAGGACAGAACAUGCAUUGUGACAUCCCAACACAUAUUUCAUAGUUUUGGCAUCAUCAUGGCUAUUUGUAGAUGCCUAUGAAAUUAUAUUAUGACUUAGCAUGAAGUAUGAGGUCAAGCAUGUAAGUACUUGGACAAGGGUAGGUGGAUUUUACAGCAUUGUGUUCCACUAAUAUGUAUGUUACAAGCAUCCAUUUUUGUUUUUUUAAUUUCAAACUCUUUGCUGAAUACUUUGCAAUUUGAAUUGAAGUCACAAAGAAAUCAGUAAUAUUUAAAUGACAGAAAAAAAGCGGGGCAACUUCUGUGCAUUCAAGAAGAGUAGGAUGAGGGCAUAGCUAUGUCAUAAGGCUAAGUUGUCAGAAUCAUUCCACCCUAAGGAACAAUUUGUGCACAGGGAGCUAAGGAUUUCUUAACAGAUUUUUUUUUCACUUUCACCAAACUGCAUUUCUUAAAAGCCUCUGGAGCAUACUGUUAAAUUAUAGCUGUGAGGGGGCAAAAUUAUCGGGAGGGUCAUUGACUUGAUACUCUGUUCUUUAGCUUUCUUUUAAGAACCUCGUUCAUUCCUGUAGAUAAUAGAAUUUUGGGCUAAUUAGCCUUAGCUCUAAUCUAGCAGGGAUCUUCUGUAAACCCUUAAAGUGAAGCAAAAUUAGUACAAAUUUCCAUUGAGAUAAACCCAGAGUGAAUUUGUAUCAGUGAAACUGUGGACUGAUUCUGACAAUAUAUAACCAUAAUAUAACCUAGUUUGUUUGGUUUUAGCUUAGAAUUUUGUAUGAACCCUAGCCAGCUGUGGUUUAUUCAAGAGAGCAUGGUUAUAUUAACUAUGACUGAAUACGGUAUGCAAACCAGGCCUAGUAAUGGUAUUUUAGGAAAAAGAGCAGAUUAUGCUUUGGUAUAAGAUAAAAUUAUUGCUUAAUAUUAUGUUUAUGCUUUUGGUUAAAAUUUAUCAGUUACAGCCCAUAUUUGUGGCAAUAUCUAUGACAAAUACUUUCCCUCUAUAUAAACUAACUUUGGAUGAUUUUGAAAAAAAACUAAGCAGGAUGUGACCUGGUUAGUACUUGGAUAAGAGGUUGCCAAGAAAUUGCAAGGCUGUAGACUAGACUGGGAAGUUGAAAAAAAUUGAUUCCCAGUCAAGCUCAGCACUGAAGUCACCAAGAAUCAAACUCAGCUCAAGGGAUACGUUUCUUUUGUAUAAGAUUUCUGCCAAGAUCAAGAGAAUGCUUGCAGUCAUGCAUAGCUCUUUGUUUAUCUAUUCAUCUCCUUCUGAUUUACACUGAAUUAUCUUCAUGCAGUUACAAGCAUGCAUUCAAGGAAAAUCACUCCCAAACUAUGGGAAAACAGGCUCUCUAUAAACUAGCCUUGCUCUCCAUUUACCCUUCAGUUACCCUUUGUCCAUGAAUCUAGCAUGAUGACAUGUUCAUAGUUCUUUAACACUGUGACAGUUGUAUGAAAAUUGAAGUUAAUGUUAUUUGAGUAGUAUUUUCUAUUUACCAUCACUGUACCCAAAUAAUGUGAAUUGAUCAUAGGCUUUUCUAAAGCAUUCUUAAUAUAAGACACAUCAUUGAAGAUGCUUAAAAAGUAUGUUGUGAAUAUCAGUGUUGUUUGUAUAUAUUUGCCUUUAAAACUCUUCUCAACGCAUUUGGAAGUUCUGAGCAUUGUUACUGUUUUGAGUAAACAGAUAUACGACAUUUUUAACUGCCAGAUAAUAAUAAAAUUUUAAUAAUUAUUAUUAGAAUACCAGUGGUAUUUUGUAUCUAUACCAAGGAUGGGCAUUCUGAGCACCAUGUGGGUGCCUCCCCACCCACCAGCUUCCCAUUGGCAGCCUCUCUAGAUCUCCAGCAAAACUGAACGUUACAGAGCCACUGUUUUUCUAUUUUGGUGAUUUGGAGAAAUUUAAAUGGCAAAUCCAGUGCUUUGUGGUACCAACUACACUGCUUAAAAAUGCCUACAUCUCCCCCUACUCCCAGGUAUUUUGUGAGUAGAGGCAAAAUAGGCCCUUAAGUCUCCACAAGGCUUAAGGUAGCAGUUCUAACUCUUAACCCCUUCACCAAAAAAGUAAAAGAAAUAUGUAUUUAAAAAUUUAGACUGUCCACAUUGUAAUAUUACUGGCUGUAUCUCCUAAAGAUACCUAAAGGCAGGCCAAAAAAAUUACCAACUCUAGUCUGCAAAAUAGACUUGCACUAGUUUAAUACUGAUUUCUUCUCUCCAGGAAAUACCAGAAACCGAUUCUGUACAUUGCUGAACAUUCAGUACUCCACAAGCUAGAGUUAUUUUUUAAAAAGGCACUUAAAUUUGAUCUGUAGAUGUGUCCUUUGUGUUUGCUAUUGCAAUGAGUGAUUUGGCAUGAUUUAUGAGAAAUGCAAAUUUGUUUUCUGAUACUGAAGAUGCUGCCUUAGAGAAUGAUGACAAUUUUAAGUUUUUCUUAUUUGCCACUAAAAGCUUUGUAACAGAUAAUGAAGGAGGGGGUUCUACAGUUAAGGUGAACCAUUUGGCGUUUGGCUGCUACUUGCUGGAAUUUGGAUGAGCAAAUUUUAUCUCCUUUGGCCUCAGUAUUUUAAUGAAAACAAAGCAAUUCUUUUAUAAAACAAGUGCUUUUCAAAAAUAUGGAUGGAUAUAGUUAUAUAUUAAUUAAAAAAAAACAGUAUGUUGAAUCAUAGCCAGGUCAGUGGUAAAAAUGCUCUUUAAUAUCAUAAUUGAGUUAUAUACUGCCCAGCCUAGAACUCUGAGUCUGUUGAUUGAAACUUAUGCUAUAAUAUGCAAUAUUCUUUUUUUCUCCCUUUCCCUUCUACUAUAUUUACAGUAUUUUAUCUUUCCAGUGUAAGAGUCUCUGUUGAAAAGGGCACUUCUUGAAUAAUUUAUAAAUGAGUCGGUAAGAUUUUAUAUAUUCUAACAAUACAUUAUGUUUAUGCUUGUGCACAGAUCUUCAGCCCAUCUGUCAUUGCUACAGAUGUGGAGAACUGUGACUGAUGCUAGUCUGCCCAUCUGCCCAGGGUGAUUUUAGUUCAUAUAUUUUUAAUUAAGGGAGUGGAAAGUAUUCCACCUAAAUGAACUUGAAUAAAAUUCAUUUAAAAGGGUAUCAUGUAAUUCUCUAGAUUCUGUUAAACUCCAAUUCCCUUCUGCCUAGCCAGCAUGAUCAGAUGUGAUGAUGAAGUAAACUACAGUCCAACAGUCUUAGAGGGCCAGGUACUGUUUACCCUAUUUUAAGCCCUGUAAAGAAACUUAAGGAGGGAGUUCUGAAGUCAAAGUGAUACUGCCUUGUUUGUUUAUAUAACUUGUGCACCUUAUUAUGCUAAGAUUUCUUGCUAAGGCCUACAAUAAUUAGGAAGAGGAAGGACCUGGAACUACAUCUAAGAAGAGAGCCAGUUUAGCAAAAAUGCACCUUUUGCUUCUCACUUCCCACUACAAAUGUCAUGAAUAAGAGCUGUUUUUUAAAAUAAAUAAUAGAAACUGCAGGAUAGAGAAAAGGCUUAAUUUGAGGUCAUAAAAGCAACAUUUGGAGCUUGGGGCAAUAUAUUUUGCUAUGCAAGUGUUACAGCGGUUUUUAAACUCCACAUAAACUGUUAAUAGUUUCCAUAAAAACGAAAACAAAUGUAUGAUUCUUUGUUUAUGCAUAGCAAGAUAAUUCUCUGAUUGUAUCUUUGUACUGGCAUGUAUGCAGAAAAUAAUAGGCUAUUACACGUAUUCUAAUCCACAAUAGGCUGCAUAGUUACCAGUGUAAGAUGGUAUAUAGCUAUUGUAUUAUAGGAGAGAGAGUGGAGGACUAUGAUUCUUGAAGGGAGAAUAGAAUUCUAAUGUAACAAAGGUUCAACCUGGUAUUUUUUAAAGAAAUGAUUUCUUCUGAUUAACUAAAAAUAACCAACAGCUGCUGCAGAAAUUAUUGAUGAGAACCAUUAAAUAUCUGACUAUACAGUGACAAUCAAAACAGAUUAAUGGAUUCUGUUACCUUCUCCUCAGUGCUUAUAGCCUGAGUUUGCUGCCUAUCCUCUUUCCCUCUCCAACUUGUCUUUUUUGCCACCUCAUCCCAGAUAAUAUGAUUUCUAUACCAGAUACAAAAUAGUAUAGUGGUAAAGAAUCUGCUUUAAAUGAAAAAGGUUCACUUCCAAGGGUCUGAGGUGGGCGGGGGGGCGCAGAACCAAGUAGGCUGAAAACUCUGGGAUACUGCUGGUGGUCAGCGUAACUAACUAUGACUGACUUGAUGGAGGGCAGCCUCCAAUGUUUCGGUGAGAUGAACAUAAAGUUAAAUACCUUAGAUAUAAACAAUUUACUUUUGAAUAAGUAUUGUUAAACUCUGCAGGCACUGUUUAUUUGACGCACCCUUGAAAAGAAUUCUAUUGAGGUUUGCUCCACAUAUAUCUAUAUUAUGCUGUAUAGGUAAUUUACAUCUGAAGUGGGAAACUUCUCUCUAGUGUCUCAUUCUUUCCAGAAAAAUUAAUAGGUGUCUAGAGCCAAAAGUGAAUGGGUCCUACAAAUUUCCUAUUUUUUCCCUCUUUUGCUCACACUUAUCCACUCAUUUCAUCCCUUGGUUGCAGUUCCCGGCCCCCAAGUUUUCUCCUAGGCCUUCUCUUUCUUUCUCUUCUUUUACCCCAGUAUUUAAGCCAAGAAUGCCCAAUCCAGUGGCCAAGGGCAUCAGUAUGUGAGGAGAUGCAUACUUCGAUUUUCUUAGAGUAUAUCCCUUGAAUUCAAAAGGACAUGUUUGUUAUGACUGAUUAAAGGGGAUUUGAUAGCGUUGUUUCUUUUCCAGCUAUGACUUAGAAAGUAUGACUUAUUUUAGGAGAAAAUACCUUCCUAUCAUCUUCUGUCUUAUCCCCUUUAUCAGAUAGGAAUAUUGUCUCUUAGUUUAGAAAUAACUUUCCAUUGGCAUGUAAUUUUUUAAACUGAUUAUUUGUUAAAGGAUGUGGAUAAAACAAUUCAGAGAUUAGACAAAUAAUGUAUAUAUUUUUAAAUGCAUCUACUGUCCAGAGAUAUUUUUAUAUUAGAUUUUGUUUUUAUUAAUUCACUGAUGGCAUUAUUUUAAUAUGUGAACUUUAUGAUACUGCUAUUAUAGUUUAUGGCAAAUAAACAUAAUUCUAUUUGUAGCAGAAAUAUCCAGCCUUUAAGAAAACAAACUGUCUUUACUGGGUGAAACAUAGGCCAAUAUUUAUGGUUGACCUGUCAAUCUAUGAGAAAUAGUAAGCUAAAAUUUUAAAAAAAAGAACCAGAUCUAUAUUCAGACAAUAAAUGCUGCCAUUUUUAUACAAAUACUGACCUCUUCCCUCUGUUACCACAAAAUACCAUUCUGAUUUCAACACUUAAAUAACCUGUAAUUUCUGAGCUCUGUGGCUUUGCAAUGU